AUGAAGUAAAAGAGAGAGACACAGUCAGUUAUUAAUCACAGAGACCUAAUUGUAACAAGAUUAGAUAAUGCAACACCAUCAUAAAGAUCUCACAAAACAGAGGAACUAAGAUUCGUAAAUGAGCAAACAAUACCAAGUCUUACCGAAGUAUAGUUAAAAUUUUUCACAACUGAAGAGCUUGAAUCAAUUUACUUUAAGAUAAGCAGUAUGGAAUACAACAAAGAUAUUCAGCCUAAGCCGCAACUAAAAAAAUCAGCUCUUGUAGGAUCUCUUGUGGAAUCAAGCUUAAGUCGAAGUGAUAAUCUAGCAGAUCGAAGCCUGAAUCAAAUUCCCGAAUCUAAGAUUAAACAUCAUCUUUAUCAACACGUUAUGAAACUGGAGUUGAUGAAAAUCCACAAAAAAUUUAGACAUUUCGUGAUUUUUCCUGAGGAAAAGAGUUAAUAAAGGCUUUUGCUAUGCUUUUGGCUAUCUGUGCAUUAAUAAAAAGAUACUGUAUUGAAAUUCUUAUUUGACAGAUAUGAUUUGAUAUAGUAGAUUAUUUAGUAAUUAUACAAGCAAGCUGCUGAUUAAAAAGUUAGAGUAAUGCAAGAAAUAUAGAAUGAUGAAUUGUAUAUCUUAAAAGAAAAUCAAAGGGAAAUCGAUUUGAUUAAUGAUUAGGCUUUUGUAGGAAUUGAUCAUUUGGUGGAGUAAAAAGUUCCACAGUUCAUGAAAUAGCGAGCAAGAAUUCCAAUAAAUUUCGAUUUCUUGCCUCUAGAUAUUAAGGAAAUUUUAAAGUCAAAGGCAGAAUUUAUGAGAAGUCAAAACUAGACUCAAUCUGAAGAGAUUUCCCCUUUUAUGUCAGACCAAGAAGAAAGAGAAGCAAAGGAGAAGAUGAAAUAGCGUAAAAAAUUAAAACUUGACAUUAAUAUAAAAGAAAUUAAGAUACUCUUGAUGUCUUCAGCAGGAAGUAACAUUUGUAAUCAGAUUUUAAACAUAGCACUUAACGAUGAGGAAAAUUGGAUGGCUACAGUUUUAGCUAUUUACUACAAAGUAAAUGUUACUUAUCCUGCAGUAUAGAGAGCAUUAACUGUGAAAAAUAUGACAUUUAUUAAGCUUUUGUUUCAUACUGAUAAAUUUAGAGUUGAGUAGGAAAAACUAUAGAUGGCUGAAUCACUUUCAGUCGUUCAGAAAUUCCAUAUGACUAUAAAUCUGAAGGUAUUGAUUUAAAUCAUUCUACAAUUUAAGCAGGAAUGUAUGGAUCAUAUUAUUAGUGAUGAAAGAGUAAACUCAAUUAUUACAAGAGAAAAGUCGAAAGCAAGGGAAAAUAUUUUAUUGCUUUACAUUGAUUAACUAUUGCAAUCUUAGAGAAUGGAAUUUUCACCAAAUAAAUAAUUUGAUGCAGCGUUAGUCUGCGAGAUCAUAACUAAACUCUAUCAAGUACAUUCUUAUUUAAAAAACAACUGCAUUUAAACCUAGCAAAAAUUGAUUUAACUUGUAAAGAAAUUAAUAGAAAACUAGGACGACUAAAGUGUAUUAGAAAAAAUGCUAACUGAGUUGGAUCAUCGUAAAAAGUCUGCUUUAUAAAUAAUCAACGACCUAAACUUAUGCCAGAUGAUUAGCAGCCCCAAAGUUAAUUCAAUAAUGGAUGAACUCUGGAUAGGAAAAGAAAACGUCAAGUGCAACGGAAAGCUUCAAGAUUUUUCUUGUUUGUACUCAAGGUUAUUAGAUCCUUUUGACUACAGCAAUAUUUCGUUUAUCUAUGACAAUUAUGGAAGAAGAACUAUUUCAAAUAAGUUGAGAUUUAAGGAUAUUUUAUUUGGGAGUUUUGUUAAGCCUAAAGUAAUUGAAGAAAAUUACUGGUUUCAGUAUAAUUAUCGUCACAAAUCUAUUUAGUUUCUCUUCUGGAAGGAGUUAGUAUUUUCUGUUUUCCAUGUAGUAGUUUUCUAAUAUAUCGGAUAUUCUUAUCUAAAUUACUUUAAACUGAGAAAUAUUGAAAUAAAUGGAUUGAAGAGGAAAGAUGUCUAUGAAGAAAAUGAUCCUGAGCUGAUUGAAAAUGUAGAGAGUCUUAUCAAUUAAUACAGUUCCUGGUCAACAUUUGGACUUCUUCUUUGCUUUACUCUUCUCAUUCAUUUCUCGCAAAAGAUAGCAUUUUCAUUAUUCACUAAAAAGGGUUUCAAUUUAGAUCUUUGGACUAUAAUAGAUUUAAUAACUGCAGUAUGCAACACAUUUUGCCUCUACAUCACUGGAUUUGUGACUCCUAGAAAUAUCCUUGAUCGAUUGAAGAAACAAAAUUUAGACUUCUAUGUUUGUGCCGUGGUCACUGUCACUUGGAUAAGGUUUUUCGCUUACUUUUUGAUAAUCAAAAAAGUAAGUAAACUACUGAUUACUCUGGUUACCAUGAUAUUUAAUACUAUGUCUUUCUUCUUUAUGUUUGUAUGCUACAUGAUUAUAGCAGCCAGUAUAUUCAAUAUGAGAUUUGGCAACGUGGCUGAAGAUAUGUAUGGAUCAUUCUUUAUAUCAGCUAGGACCCUGUUUGAUUCUAUGCAAUCAAAUUAUGAGUUUAGAAACUUUGGUCCGUAUGAAAGAUCCUAUGACAUAAUGUUCAUUAUACAUCAGAUUAUCACAAGAAUUUUUAUGCUAAAUUAUCUAGUUGCUGUACUGACUACUAUAUACUAAUAUAUGAUAAUUUAAGGAGAAUACACUUACAUUAGAAUGAGAUAUUGGUUUUACAAAAGAUUUUAGGACAUGUUUGUAUCAAAAAAGCAUUAUGAUAUCUAAGCAAAGGAUAGAACUGAAAAUUCUUUAUGCGAAUUAUCAAUGCAUCCUUGCCCUUAAAAUUUAAUUGGCUUUUAUAUAGGAUUGUUAGGAUUUCCAAUGCUUUUAAAGUUUAGCUGGAGAAUCAAAAUUCUGAAAUUCACUGGCUAUAUUUACUAUUGGCUUGAAAAUAUCACCUUUUUAAUUGCGUUUUUCAGUGCUGAGCUAAUUUGCGGUUUGGUAGUGUACUUUAAAAUUCUGAUAAUUUUCAAUAUUAAAAUUAUGCAAAAAAGAAAGGCAAUAUGGUUCGCGAUGCUCUGGCUAUUUGUUGGACUCCCUAUAAUUAUACAUUUAGCUUUUUACGACUGCUUUAAUCUAUUUAGAAUCUUAAAACGAUAAAAAGACAAAUAAAAACUUGAAAAAGAAAAAUUAAAGAAGCAAAGAGAUAAGCAUAUUAAAAACCUACAGAUCAGUAUUCUAAAUGAAGUAAUUGAUAGCAUGAGAAAACUUUUUGAUUAGAUUUAAGGAGAUCAAAAGACUGUACGUCAAAGAAAACAAUCGAGCGGGUUAAAUAGAUAAAUGCUUAAUCUUUUUAAGAAUAAGGAAGAUCUAGUUAAAAGGUUAUCUGAAUUGAAAAAGGAGGUGCUCAAUCCAUAGAAACUGGAUACAUCUUUUACAAUUGAUAAGGAUUUAGUUAUAAUGACAUGGCUAAAACUUAGAAAGCAAAGAAUUUAGGCUUCAAGAGCUAAGAGAUUUAGUAAUAAUAACCCCAAAAAAUCAAGUGCAUCACAAGGAAGGAAGUCAACUCUUUUCUUAACACCAAGCAGAAUGUAAUCAAAUAUAACAUAAGGGCUAAAUUUUAAGCAGAGUCCAUCUUUGAAUAUGGGUAAUAGGCUUCUCUAACAAGUUAUAGAUCACAAUGUAUAAAAAAGAAAAAGUUCCACUAGAAUGGCUAAUCAAGGAAUGUUGGCAAGAAGACAAACUACCUAAGUUAACAAAUAUCUAAGAGAUUUCUCAAAAAGGAUAUCACAUGGAAGCAAAAGAGUGAGUAUUGCUAAAAGCUAGAUAGGAUUCACUCAAAAAAGAAAAAAUGGCUCGAAUUUUAUGAGCAAAAAUCUUGGUUUAAGCAGUGGUUAGCUCAAUACAUUUUAGGAUAUUGAAGAUGAGAGUCAAUAUCUUAAAAAUAUUACUGCUGUUGAUGAAUCUUUAAUGGGAAUCAUUGAAAACUUUUUGAAUAGAUUCAUUUUUGUAUCAAAGUAUCAAGGUCAUAAUCAAGUUAAUCUGAAACUAUGCCUCUCCGCUCUACCUUCAAAAUUAACUAAUGAGAACUUUCAUAAGAUUAAGAUGAUCAACUUUGUUAAAGUUUAGAUGGCUAUGGUUUCAUUUCAAAAUUAAAAAUCAGAUCAGUUGUUUACUUAUUAUGAUACUAGAAAUAAAGCAAGAAUUCAUCAGUUGAAUUCCUAGGCUUCAGAAACCUAAGAUCUGAGUAAAGAAUUAUUGCAAUACUCACUUUAGACAAAGAAUAAGAUAGUGAAGCUGUUUAAACUUGAGAGAGAAUUCAAAAAAAUGGAGAAAAAGAGAAAACAAGAAAAGGAUGUAAUUAGAAUAAAUAUUUAGCAGCAUCCAGAUAUUAAAAAGUCAAGUAAUACAAUAACAUCUGAGAAAACUAGCUUAUUCCCAGUUGUUGAGGAAAGUGAAUUUGGAGAGUAUGAUUUAGGUCAAAGCUAAAAUAAUAAAGAUUUCCUCAAUAGGAUGAAUAACCCUAGUACGAGUCAUGCAAUGGAUAAUUAGAGUAUAUUUUCGACUCCUGAUAAGAAUCAUUUCGACCAAUAAGAUGCAAUCAGCAACAUAAAGUCAAAUUAUUCAUAAAGAAUAUCUAUUGUGGACUAAUCUAUGGAGUAUUCUAUUUAAUAAUCAGCAGGAGAUGAUUAAUCAUAUUCAAAUAGUAGCUUCACAUCAUUUUCAGAUGUUAUUAAAGAAGAAACAGAAAGUAAUCUAUCUUCAAACAAAGAUAAAAGCUAUUGA